AUGAGCAAGCAAGGUCACAAGGCUAGUGUGCAGGUUAGCCCUGGUGAGGGAGCAUUUGGACCUAUCUAUCGCUCUUUCCUUUCGCCCGAGCAGUUGGUGGAACGUCCUCAUGAGGGGAUCCACACAAUGUACGAACUGAUGGAAGAAGCCCGCAAGCGCUUUGGUGACAAGAAAAAUAUUGCAUGGCGUGACAUUGUAGACGAACACCAAGAGCAAAAGGUGGUGACGAAAAAGAUCGGUGAUGAAGAAGUCAAAGAGACCAAGACUUGGACGUACUAUGAGCUCAGUCCCUACAAGUAUAUCACGAUCAACGAGUUUUUCAAGACUGUGGAUGAAUUCGCCAGUGGCAUGCACCAGCUUGGUCUGAACCAAAAGACGGUGUUCAAUAUCUUUGCUUCCACUAAUGUCAGUUGGCAAGUGGCUGCGCAGUCUUGUUUCCGUCAAGGUAUUACAUUUUGCACGUCAUAUGACACGCUUGGCCCCGAAGGUCUGCAAGUGUCGCUCGAGGAGCCCGAAGUGCAGGGCAUUUUCACGAAUGCGCAGCACCUUAAGGUACUUGAGAAGAUUAUCGACCAGACGCCUCUGCUCCGCGUUGUUAUCUAUGACGGGGAAGCCGAUGAAAAUAUCCUUAACAGAAUUCACUCGAAGAUCUCUGGACGUCCUAACGCUGUUCUUAUUCACUAUGAUGAAGUGAUCAGGAACGGAAAGCAAAACAUGGUAGGUCCUGCGCCUACGCAAGGUAAAGAUGUGGCUUGCAUCAUGUAUACUUCUGGCUCUACUGGUAAGCCAAAGGGUGUCAUUUUAACAAACGAUAACCUUAUUGCCACAAUCGCUUCCGUCACCAUGCUGUUAAAGCCUUACCUGAACCAGUCUGACUCGUACCUUGCCUAUCUACCACUUGCUCAUAUUCUUGAAUUCGUCGUUGAAUGCUACAUGAUGUACUACGGCAUCGCUAUCGGUUACGGACGCGUCAAAACGCUUACAUCUAACAGUGUUCGUAAAUGUGAAGGUGACUUGGUGGCCUUCCGUCCUACACUGCUAGUUGGAGUACCUGCCGUUUGGGAACUAAUUCGGAAGGGUAUUGUAAGCAAGGUCCAGGCUGCUAGUGCCACAAAGAAGAAACUGUUUGAUAUGAGCAUGUGGGCCAAGUCUAACAAUAUUCCUUUGUUUAAGCAAUUUGCCGAAAGCGUCGUGUUCAAGAGUGUUCGUGCACAGACGGGUGGCCGUAUACGUUAUGCCCUUUCCGGUGGUGCCCCAAUUGCUAGGGAAACGCAUCAAUUCCUUAACACGGCUCUGACGACAAUCAUUCAAGGAUACGGUAUGACUGAGUCUUCAGCCAUGUGCGCUUUGAUGACUCCCGAGUUUUUCUGCUACGGUUCUGUGGGUUGCCCAAUGCCAUCCGUUGAAGUCAGGCUCGUGGACGUGCCUGAAGCAGGCUACUUUGCUAAUAAGAAUCCUGCUCAGGGUGAAGUAUGGAUCCGUGGUCCAUCUGUCACACAGGGAUACUUUAAACGUCCUGAAAUUACAGAGGAGGCAAUCACGAAGGAUGGAUGGCUUCGCACGGGUGAUAUUGGCCAAUGGGAUGAACAAGGAACGCUCUCGCUUAUCGACCGUAAGAAAAACCUUGUUAAGUUGUCGGGUGGUGAAUACAUUGCUUUGGAACGUCUGGAAAGCACGUACAAGGCCUGCAACUUUGUCAGCAACCUUUGCCUGGUAGCCUCAUCUGACGCUAAGCAGCCCAUGGCUGUCGUAUUCCCGCGUGAGGACAAUUUGCGCGCAGCACUUGAAGACAAUAACAAGAAGGAUAUUGCUCACCUCGAACUCUCGAACCUUUGCCACGACAAGGUGGUUCAAAACAUGAUGCUUAAGAAACUCAACGAAGUUGGCAAGGAAGCAGGAUUUGCCAACAUGGAGCUUCUUCAGUGUGUUGUGCUCAUCCCAGAAGAACUUCCACUUACGGCUGCACAGAAAGUGCAGCGCAAAGAGGUUGAGAAGAAGUAUGCUGACCUGAUUAAGAAAGUCUACCCUUAG